CCCUCUUGGUUGUUAGCGAUUGGAAGAGGAAGAUUCGGGCGACUUUGGCAUUAUUUUUAAAUAAUAUUUGAGGAAGAGUUUGUAUUUCCCCCCCUUUUUUGCCUUUUCUUUUGGCCCAUUUUGAUUAGCCGAUUAUGGGGUGAGGGUGACCUGGGGGCGAGAGGCAAGAAAAGAGCAAAGGAGUUGAGUUGCCAAAAGGUUCGGCGAAAAAGUAAUUUACAGAUAGCUGUUCGCACACGUGAGAAUACGUACGUGCCGGAUACUCAGCAAAAUAGCCGCGCACUUAUCCUGCUUCGGCAUCUGCUUCCUGUGCUUCCUGUGCUUCCUGUGCUUCUUGUGCUUCUUGUGCUUCUUGUGCUUCUUGUGCUUCUUGUGCUUCCUGUGCAUCUUGUGCAUCUCCUGCAUCUCCUGCAUCUCCUGCACCUCCUGCGUGUUUCGCCCCCCUGCCGCCACCCCCCCAAGCUGUUCUCAACAAAAAUGCCUCCAAAAAAGGAAAACACGAAAAAAUUAGAAAAAGAAAAGCAAAAAAUUGUGGAAGAUAAAACCUUUGGGCUGAAAAACAAGAACAAAAGCAAGAGUGUCCAAAGGUACAUCAAAGGAGUUCAGCAGCAAGUCUUCCAGACGAAAAAAAAACCAGACGAAAAGAAAAAAGAAGAAAAGGAAAAGGAAAAACUAAAUCAGCAAAAAUUAUUGCUCAAUUCGAUAUACCAAAAAACCGAGAAGGUUAAAAAGAUUAACGAAACUUCGUCCACGUACGACCCGAAGAAGUCCAAGGAGUCCCAAAAAAUUGACAUCUACACGGAUAUUCGGGACAACAAAAAUGAUAAGGAAAAUGACACCAUAGAUCAGUGGGAUAUUAACAAGCUGAACGAGGUGAUAAAUAUAAGGCACAAAAAUAUUAACAAGACGGACAUCAUCUGCAAGUACUUCCUCAGCGCCGUCGAAAAUAAGCAAUACGGAUGGUUCUGGGUCUGCCCCAACGGAGGAGACAACUGCAAGUACAAGCACUGCCUCCCGCAAGGAUACGUGUUAAAAAAACCAGAGCCGACCGAAAACGAGAAAGACGACAUCCCCCUGGAGGACAUCAUCGAGGAGGAGAGAACCCAAUUUAUAAAUAACGGUACCGCGGUGACUCUGGAAAUAUUCAAAAAGUGGUUAGCUGAGCGGGAGGAGAAAAAUAAGCUUAAGAAGGACGAACAGAAGGACAAAACGGAGAAGAAGGGACGGACCAACGUGCUCUCCGGGAAGGAGCUAUUUACCUACGACCCAACAUUAUUUGUUGACGAUGACAAUGCCGCGAACACGAAUGAGUAUGAUGAUCUGUUUUAUGAUGACGAUGAACAGAAGGAAGAAACUCCGGAGAAGAAAAAUUACGAAAAUGGAGAAGUCGAUGAAAGUGACAAACGAGAGGAUGACGUCCCAAUUAACACCGACCUUUUUAUGGACGAGCUGGAUGAUCUGGACCAACUGGAUUGA